AUGGCUGAAAAUGAAGAUGAAACAAUUGUCCCUGAUGAUCAAUGCAAUUUAGCUGCAUCCACACCCAUGAAAAGCAGUGAUCUCGAUAAUGUCGAAAGCCCGAAAGAGCGGAAGACAUCUGUAGCGAAGUGUGAUGGAGAAGGAAAUCCACCUCCUGGAAGCCCUGGUGGCUCUCCUCCUCAACUCACUCCAUAUCUUCGAUCAGCGAUGCUAACAUGCCACAGCUGGAAUAAUGCUCUUGCUAUGGAAGAUAGUGACAUUUGGCAACAACUUCUCUCACUUAAACUUCCUGAAGCUGCUGUUGUCGACCCUUUUUUAUUCGCAGAACUUGGCUCUGCGCGAAAAAAAUUGAGAGCAUGGUAUUACGCGUGGAACACAGACGAUAUCUCUCGAAACAACUAUGUCCGAACCAAUGGAUUCACAGUACAUCGACAACCGGUGGCUCAAUCUACCGACGGAGUUCGUGGAAAGCGAGGUGUAUCUCAAGGGGUUCACGCAUUCGAUAUCACAUGGGAUGGGCCUUUAGGAACAGUUGCAGUUGUAGGGUUUGCAACAAAGCACGCUGCUCUUCAGUGUGCAGGUUACAUCGCUCUUCUCGGCUCAGAUGAUCAAUCGUGGGGAUGGAAUCUAGUAGACAAUGUUUUGAUGCAUAAUGGAACACAACUUGGAGUUUAUCCGAAAAUAAACAAUCCACCAAAAUAUGAGGUAGGAGAAAAAAUCCGUUUAGUGGUCGACUGCGAUAAACACGUUGCAUACUUUGAGCGAAACUCAGAAUUUCUGGGAAUCGCAUUCAGUCAUAUUCCACCACUUCGACUUUAUCCUGCUGUUUGUGCUGUAUAUGGCAACACAGAAGUGACAAUGGUCUACGUUGGAAGCCCCCAAAUGGGUUGA